CUUUAAAGAAAAUUAAACUCAUAAAGCUAAAAUAUUUUUCAGAAAGAAUGACUAACAAAAUAAAAUGAAAUCGAAAAUAACGGAAUAAACUGUUAAGAAAACAAAAGUAUAUAAAAAUAAAAACUGAGUCUGAAUGAUAAAAAAAUAAUAAACAAAAUGAUUGAAGGAAAGACAGUAGGAAAACAAAUAGUACCGGCAUGUGGACAAAAAAACUAGAAAAAAAUACAAUAAAACAAAAAAAUCAGGUUAGUGGGGUAGGUGCAGAUUCGAACCGAUCACUGGUGUGGACAAAAGAUUAAGAGCACUCGUAAUUGGGGUUCUCUAAGAUUUUUACCAUUUGAGCUGUUGAAUCAAUGAUCAUUUUAAUGCAAGUAAACUUAUUUGUAAUAUUUAGUGGGGGCAGCUGCCCCCUCCCUGAACACUGUAGACCCCCCCCCCCUGUUUCUAUCUCUAACGGUGAAUGUAAGAUCUAUUAUUUUCUUGGGUUUUGUGUUUGUGAAUGCGUCUUAUAUAGUGAGCAUUAGCUUAAAGUUUCCCAUUUUAUUGAAUAUUUUCAUUCUUAUUCAUGUGGGUAUCACAAAGGCAUGGCCGACUACCACUAUGUUAUUCCUAUUCCUGCAGAUAUUGCACAGCAGACGAAGAGGAAAUGGAUGGAGGUGAAGUCGCUUGCAGGUGAUUCUUUUCCUUUCAUUUUCGUAUUUUCAUUAUAUUGCAAAUCUUAAUAUUUUGUACCAAAAAUAAUAUGUUGUAACAUAGUUUAAAAUUUUAAAUAACGUAUUCUUGCUUUAAGCUGUGUUUUGAUGUAAGUAAACAUAUGUACCAAAAGAACAAGGCAAUGUUCAAGUCUAUAAGGAACCAUACGGGACCCUCGUCCAGUUGCCAUUGUUCAGGUCAAGAACUACACCAACAAUUUUAAAUCAACCUAUUGAAAUUAGAAAAGAAAUCCGCUAAUGCAAAUAAAAAGAAGUGACUCGCAUAUAGUUCCCAACUAAUUGUUGAUAAUUAAAAGGAUUAACUGUUAAAUUUAUGAUAAAAAAGUGUUUAGGGAUUGGAUCUGGUGACAACAAAAGAUUAUGUAGAUGUUUUUGCAGAAAAAUGCUAAAUAACAUUUGUUUAUAUGGUCAUUAUGUGUAGAAAUGAACUAAGACUUUAUAGUAUAAAUUAUUAUGGUUGAUUAAUUUUAGAUAUUUUCUGAAGAAUGAUUGCUGAAUAAUAAUGUUCAUUUGCUUAAUGACUAUGUCUUUACUCUUUAGUUAUUUCUGACCCGAAACCAACAAACACUAAUGAUUUGAUUAAACUAACCAAUCAACUUAACUUGUAAAACGAGUUGGCUUAGGUUAUCUGACCAAAAAUACAAACAGAAAAAUAAACUCACUUACCUCAUCAUAUGAGAUAUGACAAAUGCACUACUAUUUAAAAAUAAAAAUUAAAAAAACAUUAAUGGUGUGGGAGGGGCAUUAAUGGAGGUCACACAAAAGAAAGGCCAGAGAAGGCAAAUUGAAGGUGACUGUAUACAAAAGUAGGUCUUUCAGUUUUGCACAGAGGAAGCUCAUGACAUUCAGCAAAGCAGCACGAACGAAGUUCAUCAAGUUUUUAAUUAGGCUUCGCUUCUUGUGAUUCCUCGAAAAUUUAUAUCAUUUCAUACGUUCGUUCUUGUUUUCAUGUGACUUUACUCUUCUCUACCGUGAGUCUCAUCAAUUUCGUAGAACGCUAUGUUAACGAUCCACGUAUCAUAUAUACACCUUCUUCUCUAGCCGUACGUACCACCACACAUCACUUCAUCCCACUUCCUAACUUAUAUAAUUUUACUACUCAGAUCACAAGAGUAUAUCAUGAAGUCAUUUCUUCUCCUUGUCCUAUUCCUCUCUUUCUUUGUCGGCUCUAUCUUCGCUAGUAGGCAUUUUCCGACGCACCCCUAUCCAAGUCAUAAUAAUCAUCAUGUCGGAAUGAAGCGUCAGAGGAGGCCGGACACGGUGCAGGUGGCAGGGUCUAGGCUGCCGGACUGCUCACACGCGUGUGGCUCAUGCUCCCCAUGCCGUCUUGUGAUGGUUAGCUUUGUGUGUGCAUCUAUAGAGGAGGCUGAGACUUGUCCCAUGGCUUAUAAGUGCAUGUGCAAGAACAAAUCCUACCCCGUCCCAUGAUGAAUGAGCCUCUCUCACACUUAACUCUAUGCAUUCAAACGUUUUGUUUCUUUCCUUUUGCUUCUUCGGAUAAAUGACCAUGUGUAUGUAUAAAAUGCAUCUUUUCCUUUUUUUAAUUCUUUUGUCUUUUUGAUAUCUUAAA